AUGGCAGAUAAUUACAGUUUUUACGAUAAUGAAUCAUUGGUGGACAAAGAAAAUCGUGUUGAAGGUCGUUGCCUACAAAAAUUACAUGAUAAAUUGAUUCAAUCAAACAAUGAAAGUCCAAAAACGAGAUCUAUCAAAAGGCAAGCAACAUCACAAACCCAACACGAUAGUGAAAAUGAAGAAUCAAUUUUAUUUGUCGAUAAUGAAAGUAAUCUAUUUACUACAGUGAAGAAAAAUCAAAAUUAUCAAAAACGUAAAAUUCAACGUGGUGAGCAACAACGUAUUAAUAACGUUGAUCAACUCGAUGAGUCAUACAACAACGAUAAACUUCGAAAAACAAACAACUAUCGAAUCGAUUCAAGAAGAACGAAAACAAAAGAAGGUGUUGAUGACUCAUCUCAUCAUAAACAUAUUGAUCAUACAAAAGCACUUGGAUUUGAUUAUUGGUGGAUAAACAAUGAUGAUGAUCUUAUAGGAAUUACCAAAGAUUUGUCAUUGUACGUUUAUUUAUGUGAUAUAAGACAUUAUCCUGAAUAUAUUGAUUCAAUUAAACUUAAUCCUAUGUUGCCUAUUCAUUUACCACCACAACAUGUAGUAGUGUUAAAGUUUGUACCAAAUAAUUAUUUUUUUGUUGAUAUUGAAGAAGAUCUUGGUGGAAAAUGUUGA